AUCUUGGGCCAUGGCCGCGGCACAAGUCCUUUCUCUUUUCUCCCUGCGCGUCUUUGCUGACUGACUUCUCUUGAAUCUUCUCUCAAUCCUCCUUAGCAAGUCCUUGCUCUUUGUGUAGCUUCUCAACAUGGCGAGUGUUCAGGUUCCUUCCAGGCACAAGGCCUUGGUAUAUGACAACCCGGGCAGCAUUUCCACCAAGAUCGAGGAGAUCGAGACCCCUAAACCUGGCGUUGGCGAGGUGUUGGUGAACUUGACACAUUCAGGAGUCUGCCACUCGGUAAGCGCUCGGUGUUGGUGAUUUGACCGACGAAAGAGGAUCAUGUUGACCCUAACGCUUCCAUUUGCCACACAGGACAUGGGUGUUAUGUGCAACGCAUGGUCAUGGCUUCCUGCUCCCACACAGAAAGGCCAAGUGGGUGGGCAUGAAGGCGUCGGCGCCGUUGCUGCCCUAGGACCGGGCGCGGAGACUUCUGGUCUGAAGAUUGGUGAUCGCGUGGGUAUCAAGUGGAUUGCCUCUGCUUGCGGGAACUGUGUGCCUUGCCUAGUUGGCGCAGAUGCCUCCUGUACCUCCGCGAAGGUCUCAGGGUACUAUUUCCCAGGAACAUUCCAACAAUAUGCCAUUGCCCCGGCCCAUUAUGUCACUCCCAUUCCAGACGCACUCCCGAGUGACAUGGCAGCGCCCAUGCUGUGCGGUGGUGUCACGGUCUACACCGCUUUGAAGAAGCUGAUAGACCAAGGGGUCCGCCCAGGAGACUGGGUCGUCAUCCCUGGUGGCGGGGGUGGGCUUGGUCACCUGGCCCUGCAAAUCGGCUCUCGAGGAAUGGGUUUCCGCAUGAUCGGAAUUGACAUGGGUGCAAAAGAGAAGUUGGUCAAGGAAUGCGGCGCCGAAGUGUUCCUGGACUUGUCCAAAUACAGUCGGGACGACGAGGGAACCAAGAAAUUGGUCGAAGAUGUCAAGGCUGCCACAGGGGGUGGUGCUGCGGGCGUCGUGGUCUGCACAGCGAGCAACGCCGCUUAUGCCCAAGGCUUGAGCUUCCUCAGAUUCAGAGGCACGUUGGUGUGCGUGGGUGUGCCCGAGGGUGCUGCAGUGCCAAUCGCCACCGCGAACCCAGCAACCAUCUUGGCCUCGGAAUUGAAGAUUGUCGGCAGCGCGGUCGGCAACAGAAAGGAUGCGAUUGAGACCCUGGAUAUGGCGGCGAGGGGUACCGUCAAGACGCAUUUCGAGGUCCAGCCGAUGAGCAAGUUGACCGAGACUUUUGAGAGGAUGGACAAGGGCGAGUUACAGGGGAGAGUCGUUCUCGACCUGAGCGGGUGAUUGAGCACAAAAGCGAAGACAGGGAAAUAUAGGCUGUCGCAUAGGAACAAAUGCAACUUCUCACAAG